UAAAGCUGACUAUACUACAUGGCGCUGAAACUGAAUUGUCAGCUUUUAGCUUUCGUCACUAAUUCUCUUUAAAAAGGAAUUUAAUAGAGAAAAAACAAAUUUUUUGUUUAGUUGUUUGUUUUUCGCGUGUACGUAUUCAUAAUGAAAAGUGUCAUCAAUUAAACGUGUCAAUAAUAAAUCAAAAAGAAAAAUCAGGAAGGUAGCUUGUCAAUAGCAAUAGUUGAAUAAACAAGUAAUAUGGCCGCCUAACGAUACAUUGGAAUUUAUCCAGUGUUUUAAUAAAAUACUCUAACACUUGACUGAGCGUGUUCAUGAUGCCUGUUGCAGAAGAAUCAAAGAAUGAUGUGGCUGAUUAUCGACAGAAAUACAGAACUCUGAAAAGGAAAUUUAAAUUCUUAAUUUAUGAAAAUGAAUGCUUUCAAGAAGAGUUGAGGAAAGCUCAAAGAAAACUUCUCAAAGUUUCAAGGGACAAAAGCUUCCUUUUAGAUCGUCUGCUUGAACAUGAGAAGGUAGAAUCAUCAUCAAGUGACUCGGAGGCAACUGUUUCGAGCGACAGUGAAGUUGAACAAAAAGGGGAUCACCUUCCAGCGAAGAAGAGGAAGUCCCAACCUGUUCCAAGCACAGAAGCACAAACUGUUUCUUCUUCUGCUGUUGAAGGAAUGGUCACAUCUACUACAACAUCUGCUUCAGGAGAUUCUGUUGCUUCCAAAAAGAAGAAAGCUUCUCGGAAACCCCCUCAACCCAAACCAGUCAGUCAACAAACACGUCCCCCUGAAGUUCAGGAUGCCCCGCCUCUCUCUCAAGGUGAUGGACAUAUGACUGCUGAAGAAAUAGAACGCCAUCUUGAGGCCAAAAAGUCUCUUCGAGAUCUUAUCCCAGAAAAGACCCCACUCACAGUACCAGCUGAAUUGUUUAGCAAUGAACCCACAGGACCAGAUAAUGAAAGUGAUGUUCUGGCUCAGGGAUCAUCCCCAAAAGCUGGAUUUCAAGCAGGUCCUGAUGAUAGUAACCUUAUUAUUGAUCUUCCUGAAUGAUUUGGGAAGUAUAAUUUAUUUUUCAUCUAUAUCUUGUAUAUCUAACUCAAGAAUAUUUUAUAACAUUCACAUGUUUAUCCUAAUUUAAAAAAAAACAUCCUGUUAAGAGGAGCACUUAUGGUGACCUACAAUACUUAUGCAUUGUGAAUAUUAAGUAACUGACUCAACUUACAAAUUGAACUUGUUGGUACCUUGGAGAAUUUGUUACAAUGUGUAGAUAAAAGUAUGUGGAAGACUACUAUUUUGUAUGCUUUAAUUCUAGCUAUUUAUUAAGUGUCAAACUUUUUUAUUUUUUUUACAGUGGUUAAAUACUUUCCUUAUUUUUAAGUGAAACUUGCAUUCUUUAAAAAAAUAAUUAUGUGCAGGUUUGAAUAAAUCUGAAUCUUACAAUUUUUUUAUUAUGUAUUCACCUUUAUAACUGGCAUGCUUCCUUUCAACUUCAGUACAUGUAACUUGAAAAAUCUGAAUAAUUUGACAGAUAUGUGGAUAAUCCAGUAUUACGCAUUCAGGUUCAACCAGCAUUUAUGAUGAUUUUACAGGAUCUAACCAAGAAACAUAACAUUUAUUACAGAUAAUUCUAAAUGACAAAUUUGAUAUGCUUAUCAGUAUUAUGGCACACUAGGGUUAAGAGCAUUUGUGAGAAUCAAAUAAUUAUACACCUUAGAGAUAGAAAGGCUGUAAAUGUAAUGCUUCUGGUCGUUUUAUACAUAAACAAUGGCUACCCUGAAUUUCUUUACUUAAGGACAAUACAAUCACAUCUGGCCAUCUUUACCUCAAAAAUACUUUGAUGGGAUGUAAUCCCUUCCACUGAACUUCACACAGUUUUAAUACUUGGAGUUAAAACCUGUAGGGGUGCCACUGUUCUUUGGAAGGAUGUUUGUUUGUAGCUUCAGCCUAGUGACUAAUAAUAAUAGCUUUGCUACAGUAAAUUAACCCACUUGAAAAUGUUUAAUUAACUUGGUAAAACAUUGUGUUCCUUCUUUAUUUAUUAAAAUCUUGAGAAUAUUAUGCUAAUUUCUAGCUUACACUAAUCUUGCUUAUGAUUAUGUUAUAAAUAUUAGCAUUUACAAAUUCAAUAAGUUAUGUUCACCACCAUCAAAUAUAUUGUAAAGGUUUUUAAAUAUUUAUAGCAUUGGUAGUUGUAUUUUCAUUCUGAGUGGCACAUAGGUUGAGCAACCUGGUCAGGAACGUCUAGGGUUCAAGUUUUGAACUACUAACUGUCACAAGGGCUUUGAAUGGAAAUAAUGCGACUCUUCUGAAAGGGUGAUUGUGGAUCUUCUGACAUGCAAACCACUAGAUCACACCUGGCUCAUAUACUUUAUAGAAUUAAUAAGCUUGUAUCUUAGAUCUAUAGUAAUAGAAACAUAAGAAUUGGCUAUUAUUAUAUAUGUGUGCAUGUUGGAAAUGCUAUUCUUGAUUAAAUUUUAUUUACACGUAUUUAAUAAGAUAUCUGAGAAUUUUUUUUUUUCUGUUGAAUUUCAUGCACAGCUACAUCAGGACUAUCUGCACUAGCCAUCCCUAAUUUUGAAAUGAUAGACUAAGGGGGAAAACAGCUGCCAACUUUGGAGCUACUCUUUUUUUUUUUCAGCCCAAAUAGUAGAACUUGAUUGUCACUUUUAUAAUGCAUAUGUGGAUUUUGUUUUUUUAAAUCUGUGGCGAUGGGAUGUGAACCAUGGAACCCCAUACCAAGUCCUGCACGAUAACCCUAGGGCCAUGCUCAGUGUCAGAGAAAGGCUAAAAAUCACUUGUUACUUAAAGCAUUUUAUAACUUUUCUGAUGUUCCUUAAUAUUAUGUACCAUUUGAUUGUGACUCCAACAAUCAAUAUUAUUAUAAGAAAAUAGAAGUGACAGUUUCUUACAUAUGUCAAGGUAUUUGAAGUGAUAUCUAUUACUACUUAUUUUCCUUGUCUGUUAAAAGAAUUUUUUUUUCACACAAAUUAAUUUUAAUAUUACUUGUUCCUUUAUUUUUGUAUUGACAAAUAAAUAUAUUACCAACAUAUGUGGUUCUUUAUCUUCCUAGAAAAUCCCUUAUAUUUUGUUUUUCAUUCCGAAUCUCGUUUACUCGAAGGAGACACUGUUUGCUGAUUAGUUCAGAAAGUGGUAGCAUAUUGGGUCUUUCUCAGACUUCCAUAGUUGUAACAUGGUGACAGUAGAUUUUGUACAGGCACUGUUCAGCCUCUUUUGCACGACGACCAUAAUUUUCAAACUUUCACAUCUGUAAAGUAAAACUGACAAUAUACAGGGCUGUUACAGCAGGAGUUUCUUUAUAUUCCAGGGUGAUACUUUACUUCCCUGUCAUAUGCAUCAAUUAACUAAAGCUGCUGCUCAAGGUGAACAAGCCAACAAUCUUGACAUUGUUGCCUGCUGAUUUCAGGUUAUUUGAUAGUAGAUGUUGGUGCCGAAGUUGUUCGAAAUUUCAUUUUAGACCAGUUAAUCUUGGUACCAAAAGCAGAGGCCUUAUCCUACAUGACAUCCAGGGGUAACAGCAGUCUCAAGCAUCUUGGACAAGUAUGCUACAUUAUCAGCAUAAUCCAGAUCAGUCAGUACUUUAUUACCUAAGAGAUCUUUGCAUCGUGCACUGAAGUAUGCAGCCCAUGAGAAAAAGGAAGAGAUUUGGGGGCAAUUGUACAUCCUUGCCAUAUACUGUUAGAGGUCUUUAAAGAAUCAAAGCAUAUUACCCAGCUAGUGGUAUCAGUAUACAAGAACUUUCAUCAGAUUAAUAGUCACUGUUGGAAUACCAAUAUUCUUAAGAAGAAGCCAGAUGACUUCUCUAUCCAUGGAGUCAAAAGUUGCUUUAAGAUCCAUAUAGGCUAUCCAAGAAAGUUGGACAAACUUUCUUUGUCUUCUUGAGAGCAUCUGGUGUGACAAUGACAAUCUACAGUACGUCAGUUGGGGUGAACACACUUUGUUCAUGGUGAUGUUUCUCCAACAGUCUUUUUAUCACUCAUGAAAACAGAGUAAAGACUAACACUUUACUAGAGAUUUACAGCAGUGUGAUCCCAUGAUAGUUUGCUGCCCUUGGAGUUAGAGGAGGGAAAGAUCAUCUUUAUCUUCGAGUCAGGUGGUACUUGUUCGGUGUACCAGACUCUUCUAUGCCAGUCAACCCUUUCGCCCACCAGUCUUCAGCAUUUCUAAUGUGAUGUUGCAGGUGCUUGAUGUCUUCCCAUUUUUCAGAUUCAGCUGGAGCUUCCAUGCUUAUCUUAUCAUCUGAAACAGCAAGAUCGACUGCCACGAGUAAAUCUCAACAGGAGACUGCUACUGGAUACUUCUAGGUUUUGAUUAGUUACUGCUACAUAUCAUUAGACAUGACUGAAGUGAUUGCCAAGGUAUGGAAAAG